AAAAGCAAUAAGCUAUAGUUUUUGGACUUCCUUUUCAUUUUUCAAGAAUUCUUGAAAAACCCAACAAUGGCUAAACUGACAAUAAGAGCAGAAAACAGUAGUUUCUACCAUUUUCCUCACUAUGGAAACCAUAAAGUUUCAAUCUUUAACAGUUCUUUAAGACCCCAAAGGUUGAAUCUUUUAGCCCAGAAGCAUAUUUUGAAGUUGAGAGUUUCUUGUAGCAUCACAGAGAGGCAAAAAGAAGAAGCUGCAGAAAAGCAGAGAAUAGUUAAAGGGUUGAAGUUGAAUGGUGAGGUGGGGAAGAAUGGGGGAUUGAUUUCAAUUUCUGGUGAUGAAUUGGGAGAAGCUGGAAAUGGGGAUAAAGAAGUUGGUUUUGAAUGGGGUUGGCCACCAUGGAAGAAUUUACCUCAGAGAUAUAAGCUUAUUGGAACUACUUCUCUUGCCUUUGUUAUAUGUAACAUGGAUAAGGUCAAUUUGAGUGUUGCCAUUAUUCCAAUGUCGCAUCAAUUCGGGUGGAAUUCAUCAGUAGCUGGAUUGGUCCAGUCAUCUUUCUUUUGGGGUUAUGCAUUAAGUCAAUUGCCAGGCGGGUGGCUUUCGAAGAUAUUUGGUGGGAGUCGAGUUCUUGAAGUUGGAGUACUAGUCUGGUCUCUGGCAACAAUGUUAGUUCCCUAUCUUGCAGGGUUUAUGCCUGCACUCAUCUUUUCAAGGAUCUUGGUUGGGAUAGGAGAAGGAGUUUCACCAUCAGCUGCCACUGAUCUGAUUGCCAGGACAAUACCAUUGGAGGAACGUUCUCGGGCAGUAUCAUUUGUUUUUGGUGGCUUGAGUUUUGGAAGUGUUACCGGACUUCUGUUGGCUCCUCCAUUGAUCCAGAACUAUGGCUGGGAGUCUGUGUUUUACCUGUUUGGCUUUCUAGGCAUAGCUUGGUUUUCGGGAUUUCAAUUGGUUAAAGAAGAUCGGCCCUGGUCUUUCACAGAACCCAUGUCGUGGCCACCGUCUUUUUCUAGAAAUAAAUCAUUGGGAGAGUUGGGCACCUCUCUAAAGGAUGUGCCAUGGAAGGCAUUUUUUAGAAGCAAGGCUGUAUGGGCAAUGAUAUAUACACAUUUCUGUGGGAGUUGGGGCCACUAUACUUGCUUAUCUUGGCUUCCUACCUAUUUCAGUGAGGAGCUGAACCUUAAUCUGACAGAAGCGGCAUGGGUCUCAGUUGGCCCUCCAUUAGCUUCAAUUCUUGUUACCAGCAUUGCAUCACAAUUUGCCGAUAGCUUGAUUUCCAAAGGGGUUGAUAUAUCCCUGGUCCGGAAAAUUUGUCAAACAAUAGCCUUUUUAUCACCGGCUACCUGUAUGAUUCUUUCUUCGUUGGACUUUGGUUUGCCUCCAUGGGAAGUAGUAACAAUCCUCACCGGUGGUUUAGCCCUAUCAAGUUUUGCUUUAUCAGGCCUAUAUUGCACCCAUCAAGAUAUCUCACCUGAAUAUGCAAGCAUUCUUCUGGGCAUUACCAACACUGUUGGAGCAGUUCCUGGAAUUGUAGGCGUCCCUCUAACUGGUUAUCUUCUUGAUUCAACUCACUCAUGGAGUAUUUCUUUGUUUGCACCAUCGAUUUUCUUCUACCUCACUGGAACCAUCGUGUGGCUGGCAUUCGCGAGCAGUAAGCCACAGAGCUUCUCAGAGGGAGAUUGACUGACCUUGUUAGUCAGCGUCGAAUCAAUCAGCUAGCAUACAUAUAUACCAACAGUUUUCAACACAACAUUUUGUGUUCUAACCCAAAGUUUUCUCUUUUUGUAUGUAUAAUAGUCAGGACUGAUAGGACUUUUGCAACUUUAGUGAAGAGUUCCUUACAUUAUGUAAUGUAUUUUUU